CAGCGGGCAGAGCGGUUCUGCUGGUGUCAGAGCCCGGCAAGCGCUGGCAGUUCCGAGGUGGAGAUGCUGAGUAGCGCUGGGCUCGCUAGCAGCGCUGGCUACUUCGGAGUCCCGAGGAGCUCCGGACCGUGAAAAUCCCUGCGCCGCGGCCAAUCCCGAGGCCAUUCACUCCUCCAGAAGCCAGACAAGCGGAGAGUCCAGCGCAGCGGCGGCCGUUCCCGGAUCCUGGUCUUUCGGAGCGUUCUGGAACCCCGAGAGACACCCCCGGGGGCUCUAGAAGCUCCCCCAGCGGCCCCUAGUCCCGGCUUCCUGCGCGCUUCUGUCUGAAAGCCCCUCGGGUGCACGGGCGGUCGCCGAGCCGCGUCUGGGUCCUGGCGCACACCAUGAUCGUUGCGGACUCCGAGUGCCGCGCGGAGCUGAAGGGCUACCUGCCCGGGGCCGGAGAGGAGCAGAGGGAGAGCAGGGUUCGGCGAGGCCCCCGAGGGCCCAGCGCCUUCAUUCCAGUGGAGGAGGUCCUGCAGGAGGGAGCCGAGAGCCUCGAGCAGCACCUGGGGCUGGAGGCACUGAUGUCCUCGGGGCGGGUGGACAACCUGGCCGUGGUGAUGGGCCUACACCCCGACUACUUUACCAGCUUCUGGCGCCUACACUACCUGUUGCUGCACACGGAUGGGCCCCUGGCCAAUUCCUGGCGCCACUACAUCGCCAUCAUGGCUGCCGCCCGCCACCAGUGUUCCUACUUGGUGGGCUCCCACAUGGCCGAGUUCCUGCAGACUGGCGGUGACCCUGAGUGGCUGCUUGGCCUCCACCGCGCCCCUGAGAAACUGCGCAAACUCAGUGAGAUCAACAAGCUGCUGGCCCAUCGGCCGUGGCUCAUCACCAAGGAGCACAUCCAGGCCUUGCUGAAGACGGGCGAGCACAGCUGGUCCCUGGCUGAGCUCAUCCAGGCCCUGGUCCUGCUCACACACUGCCACUCACUGGCCUCCUUCGUGUUCGGCUGUGGCAUCCUCCCUGAGGGGGACCCUGAGGGCAGCCCCGCCCCCCAGGCCCCUUCGCCCCCCAGUGAGCAGAGCACGCCCCCCAGCAGGGACUCGCUGAACCACUCUGGGGGCUUUGAGGCUGCCCGCGACGUGGAAGCUCUGAUGGAGCGCAUGAGGCAGCUGCAGGAGAGCCUGCUGCGGGACGAGGGCGCCUCGCAGGAGGAGAUGGAGAGCCGCUUCGAGCUGGAGAAGUCAGAGAGCCUGCUGGUGACCCCCUCAGCGGACAUCCUGGAGCCCUCUGCAAACCCAGAUAUGCUGUGCUUCGUGGAAGACCCCACUUUCGGAUAUGAGGACUUUACCCGGCGGGGGACUCAGGCACCUCCCACCUUCCGUGCCCAGGAUUAUACCUGGGAAGACCACGGCUACUCGCUGAUCCAGCGGCUCUACCCUGAGGGUGGACAGCUGCUGGAUGAGAAGUUCCAGGCAGCCUAUAGCCUCACCUACAACACCAUCGCCAUGCACAGUGGAGUAGACACUUCCGUGCUCCGCAGGGCCAUCUGGAAUUACAUCCACUGCGUCUUUGGCAUCAGAUAUGAUGACUAUGACUACGGGGAGGUGAACCAGCUCCUGGAGCGGAACCUCAAGGUCUAUAUCAAGACAGUGGCCUGCUAUCCGGAGAAGACCACCCGAAGAAUGUACAACCACUUCUGGAGGCACUUCCGCCACUCAGAGAAGGUCCACGUGAACUUGCUACUGCUGGAGGCCCGCAUGCAAGCCGCCCUGCUCUAUGCCCUUCGUGCCAUCACCCGCUACAUGACCUGACUCAAUGCAAGGCCUGCGCCUGGAACAGCUGACCCUGGGGGGCCUCCUCGCUGCAAGGACUUCUCUGGAGACAGACCCUAAUCUCUUCCUGUCCCAUACCCACCUACCCUACUCUGGGGGUGGGCCUGGGGUGUGACGUGCAGCCCCCCCCAGCCACACCCUCCUUCUCACUGGAAUGGACAGGACCAUCGCACUGACUCUGGUAUCUCAGCUCUGACCCCGGGGCGUGGGGGGCUGGCAGAGGACUAGCGGAUUCCCAGGUGCCAGCCCCUCCUAACCGCCCUUACCCUCAGAGGCCAAGGGCACAGGAAGGAAAAUGGACUGAGCGUGGACUUGUGUGCCAGCAGGCGGGGGCCCAGGCAGCACAAGUACUUUGGCCUUCCUGGCCUGGGAAGUCCCUGGCUGGCCCCCAGGGAGAGGGGCAAACACCAGGGACUGACACUCCAAGCGGCUUCACCUCUCUCCUCCAGCUUCCUCCUCCACAAGAUUUCAUUACCUCCCACCAGCCAUUCACCCAUCAAUGUGAAAGUCAGGGUCACAGCCGGUCUGUGCAUCUGGCUCCCCAGAAGCCGGUUCUGUCCAGCAGCCCACAGGCUCCUUGCUCCCUGGUCACGCCAGUCCUAGUUCAAUUCCCUUGACCCCCCCUUUGCCCUCUUACCCUUUUCUCCACCACCUGUUGGAAGGAGGCCCCAGGAGAGAGACCAAGCCCGUCCAGAUGAGGAGAGAGUAUUAUAUGAUAAAUUCUCUGUGUUUUGAUUUUUCAUGGGCGAGGUUCUUCACUGCCCACCCCCAGAGCCUUAGGCAGUGUCUGAGAGGAGAGCAGGAGUGUCUCCCCAGAGCUGAGCUACCUGGCAGAGGCUGGCACUCCACGGUCUCUCAUCUCCCCUGGCUUUGCCACAGACAUUUGCCAAAAAAGUGAGCCUUUCCACGUGGUUUCAGUGGCUCAGGGAGAUAGGCACGAGACCCCAGGUUUCCUGCCUGGGCCCUGUCAUGGCCAAGUGAGCCCCGUUUCCACGGUUACGGACUGAGGGGCAGGACUGCAUCUUGUGAUGUCUGGGCCUUUGCUCAGAUUCUGAGGCCAGCCUGCCAGCAGCCAGCUGCACGCAUUGCAGUAUCCCGAGGGCCUCUGGGGAUUUUUUACACACACACACACACACACACACACACACACACACACACACACGCCUGCAGUCAGUCUCUCUGGGCUACCUGCCAAGGACCUUCCUACCCCCAUCCUAGUUUCUGUCCCUUCUCGGUUGGUUUUAGGUGGAUCCCUUGGAGGCAGAAGCAGCCAAGGACUGAUCCCAGGCACUUUCUAUAGCAAACAAACUGUGAAUUCUGACUUCCCUUGCCCUUCUUCUGGCCGUAGGUGCCUCCCCUCUGACCAGCUGGGAGGGGACUGGAGAAAGGCAAGGGCCAAGAUGCUGCUGCUUCUGACCCUCCUCUCUGGGGCAGGGCAGGAGAGGAGCCUGGUUCAUUGUGCCACAUUUCAUACCCGUGCAGGCAUGGGCGAGCAACUGGCACCCCUUUCUGGCCUCAAAGCCCUCCCUGCAGUGAAGCUGGGCAGGAGGGAAGAGGCCCCAGCAUUGGGGUUUGGAUUCUAGAGGGGACGUGAUGACCGUCAGUGUCCCCAGGUGGCUGGGGAGGGGUAUCCAGUGUUCAAGUGCAGAAAUCUUUGCCUUUGCUACCAGUUCUGUAUGAUGAGAAAUAAAAGUUCACCAAGGUUUUGUUUUGUA